AUGUCAAGCAGUCAAAGUCAAUCCAAUGCUGGACAUCCAGGUCAACCAGAACCUGCAGGAAAUUUUGAUCAAUCAUAUCCACCACCACCACUAGGUCCAGAUUUUGUAAUACCACCAGAAGAAGACUAUUCAGAUCAAAAUCCACCACCACCACCACCAUCAUCACUAACAUCUGAAAUGUACAGUACAAGCUAUCCAGCAAAUCCAACACGCCAUGAAUUGAAAAAACUUUAUUCACUUCUUAUGACUUAUUUUAAUCAACAAUGGUUAAUUGCAGCUGUAUUUGGUACUGCGACUAUCACUAAUAUUGGUUUUAUGACAUGUGUUUCAAGUGGCAGACGUGAAUCACCCAUGAUGUGGAUUUUUCCAUUAAUUGAUGCUGGUGCUGUUGGUAUUUCUCAAAGUUUAAUAUUCGCAGAACUUCCCAGAGAUGAGUUACUUCUUGUUUAUGGAUUUGGAAUAACAAGUGUUGUUUUUUUUUCAUUGACUUUGUUAGCCUUCUGGAUGAAAUUGGAUCUAACAAGAUUACAUACUGUUUUAUCUGAAUAA